GAAAGUUUGGCUCUUUGGAUUCCAGUGAGAGGGACUUCUGGGUGGAAGAAGGUUUCCAGAGAAGAUUAUCUUCGCUCCAGCUACAAUUAUGGAGAGUAACCCUUACUUCAGCAGUCAACAAGUGCUUUGCAAAGAUGUUGAGCUGGGGAAAGAGAAGGAAAGAAAGGCCAGGUAUCGUGCUUACCAGUGUGCUGCUAUCAUCCUGAGUGUGGUAUUCCUGAUAUUGGCCCUUUGUAUCUUCAGUUUAAGAUAUAUAUGGAGUCCAAACCCUGGGAAGGUAUAUGAUCAUCAGUAUAAAGCCAUACUGGAUGGAAUGGAGACUGAGAGCAUGAUGGAAAUCUAUCCAGAGCAACGCAUCGAGAUGUUCAAGAUGGGAAACGGCUCUGACGAGGUCCUGGAGGUGCAUGACUUCAAAAAUGGCAUUACGGGCAUUCAUUUUGCUAAGCACCAGCGAUGCUACAUCAGGGCUCAAACCAAGGAGCUGCCCAAGCUGGACUCAAAGACCAUCGACAUAGAGAUGAGGGAGACAGGUGAAGUGGAUAUGCAGAUGGUAGACUCUCAGAUAUGGAUCCCUGCUGAAGAACCAGUUUCCAACAAAACAUUCCUGUCGAAUUCCAAGAUCUGGGAGAUUUGCCAAGAUCUGCCCAUCCACUGGAUCCACCCAUCUCCUCUCAGAGAUGCUGAAUUCCACGAUGUAGAGGAUGUGGAGGAGACCCCAGAGCUUGAGGAGAGAGGUCCACGUCAGGCCCGGGACGUCAUGGACCAGUUACCAGUGAAUGACUAUAGAGAAGCGGGGAUGGAGCUGGACAACAGCCUAGAUGAGCAGGGCUACUGCUGCCAGUACUGUCGUCGGGGGUACCGUUACUGUCGGCGAUACCACGAGCCCCUGGGCGGCUUUUGGCCGUAUCCCUACUAUUACCAGGGAGGACGGGUCAUCUGUCAGAUUGUCAUGCCCUGCAACUGGUGGAUAGCAAGAAUGCUAGGACGAAUUUGAGGAUGCCUUUGGGAACCAGUGGUGCUAUGCUGCUCAGGUGUACGCGUAGACCACCUUCAUUUGUACGAAAUGUCACAUAUACGCUCAAAACCUUUUCCAUUAUUUGUGUAAAAGAAUCUUUUAAAAUAAGGCAACUGUAUAUUUAGGUGCUGUUUUUCACAAUUUCACCUUAUGCCUUCAAAUGAAUUUUUAAUACAUCCAUCUCCGACUAUUUUCAACAGCAUUUUGCUUGUAAUUAUCAUGCGUGACAUUUUUAUGACCAUAUUAAUUUGAAACCACAUGGAAUACUAGUCUCUCAAUUAAUAUGGUUUAAAACAGGGCUAGAUGGAGUCUCAUGUCAAUGGAGGAAGUAUUUCGUGUCAACUACCCAUAUAUAUAAUUGGCUGCUGUAAGACUUAUCCUUUUCAAUGAACAGUGUCUUUAUCUGUCCUUGACCUGAUGUUGAUAAGUAGAACAGAAACAGGUGCUUUGGAAAUGGUCAAUUACUGUAGUCUAUAAAUUCCAUGCAGCCCUUCCAAAGCAAUAGUGUAGGCAAGACAAUGUGAUUUAAUUAACAUUGAUUGAAGUUGAUUUUGUUUGUUUGUGCAUGAAGUUCUGCAUGACAUGACCGUUUCCAUGGGCCCUUUGUUUGUCAUGUUUAUAGUGGAUGAGAGGCAUUAUAAGAAACCAGGUUAACAAAUAAAUUCACAGUAAUUUGCAUGUUUAUAUUAUGAACUAAUGUAUUUACGCUUAAGCAAGUCCCUGUAGAACUUUGAAAAUUAGCCUUUUUAAAAGCCGUUAUGUGAAUUUAGUGCAGUGUAGAACUACACUGUACACAUAUCGCAUGGCUAUAUUUAAGUAGUCACAUUGCUAGCACCAUAAUUGCAGGUCUGGGACUGCUUCAAUCAAUUCUUUCAUCCAAGCAAAUGCGUGCUCUAUAAAUUGCAUUUACGUAAUCGAAUGCUCUUUUGUGUUUUUCCAGCAACUUCCUUUUGAAUAAAACUGGUAAAAGUUU